GCUCCACGGUCUCGUCGUUGCCAUCUUCCUGGUCAUCUUGUUCAGCGCCAACCUCCUUCUUCACGAUGAUGUCAUCCACCUCUCCGGUGGCCUCAUCCUCAACACGGAUAAUCGCAGCCGCUGUUAAGAGAGUUGCAGGAGACAAUAAUUGAGAGUGAAAAUGAAGUCCUUGAAUUCAUGGGGAGGGUGGAUGAAGGAGUUGAAGAGUUCUUUACUAAGAGAGUGCUGCCUACUGAUACACUGAAAAAGCAAGAUGAGGAAUCUAUCACAGUUCACGAAGUGGCUCCUGCCAGCUCCGUCCCUUGUCCACCCCCGACGAAAACACUCAGGAGGAAGCUUGGCGAUUUCUUUACUCUCAAAAAGAGACGAGGUCUGAAAUCAGAAACAAGCCAAGAGGGGCGUCCCAAAAAGGCCUCCAUCGCUGAUUUCAUCCGCCCGCUCAGGGAGGUCGCCAGAGCAGAGAAAGAAAAAGACAAGGACCGAGUGAAGGAGCAGGACAAGGAAAAUGAAAAGGAGAAAGCAAAAGAGAAUCCCAGCGCUGUUACUGGAGAGUCAGCUGCUCAGGAGACACCUGUUUCUGGUGCGCCACCGCUGAGGGGCGAAGCGGUGCCUCCCCGCCGAGCUCUCAGAGAGGGGAAAUCCCAGUCUCUUAUUUUGCUAUCUGGAUCAGCAGCAGGGAGUACUAAUGCCAGAAACAAGAAACAGUUUGAAGGACAACAUAGCUUCGAACAGAAACUCCAUCUCAUGCUUCAGCGUAUUGGAGUUUCCAAAGCCCAGCCAGGGGAGACACAGAAUCAGGAGGGAGAGAUGAAAAAAGCAGAAUCUGAAGGUACCAUCAUUGACAGUAAACCUGAGCCACCACCAACUUUCACAAAACCUCGGACGAUGUCUGCUUCAUCAGAUACAAGGCAUCAAAUUCGCCCAAGUGUGUCAGCACACGAGUCUGCUGGGAAACCCGCUUUGCUUCCAAAGCCUGUUCUCAAGCCAGGUCCACCCCCAACAACAUCUGGCCGCAACACACCUGAGAACGAGCUAGCUCAAAUACAGGAGGCAGAGACAAGCACGCCCACUAAACAGAGUCCAACUGCAGCUCCGUCUACGCCUACUCUUGCCCCCACUGCUACCAUCUCUCCUACUGCACCGACAAUCUCAGACUCAGUCCCCGACUCAACUGAUUUUAUUAUUUCCCCUUCAAGUACUGUACUGCCCUCUGACACAGAUAUAUGCACUGACUCUGUUAACCCCACCGCAGCAGCUACAACAGCCACGAAUGUUACAGAGGUCGACAGCAAACCCUCAAUCCCUGAAGCUACCACUGAAAUCCCCACAACUAGCUUUCAGACUACCCUUACAAGCACCACUACACCGACAGAGCCCCCAACCACUGUCUCAGUCACUUCCUCUGAGUCCAUUACUCCUAGCAUAUCUGUCACUUCCAGCUCAACAACGACAACUACGCCUUCCACUACCACUUUGGAAAUGGUUUGUGCUCCCAGCAGUCCGGUUUCCACAGCAUCCACAAAUUUGUCAACUAAGUCCAGUUUCCCAGAGCCAAAUGAAAUCCCAGUUGAUGCUCCUCCUGCUGCUGGUGGUGAUGCAGCUAUCACUGUCACCACCACAGCUUCUGUACCCUCUACCAGCACAUCAGAUAUGACUACUACUACCAGUUCAGUUAUUGUAGCUAGUGAUGAUUCCACUUCAGUCACCUCCGUUGGCUCCGUAACUUUAGUUGCAGCAGUCACUACUACAUCUCCACCUCCUGACUCGAGUGAAACCAUUACACCUUCAUCCUCUCUGGUCUCCUCUGGACUUCCUCCCACCAGUUCCACCUCUUCUACCACUACCACCACUACAAGCCCAACAUCCAACGACUCCAUGGACUCUGUCUCCACUUCCACCAUUACUCACCCAGCCACCUCUAGCUCUGCUGAUAUCUCUGCUCCCUCCACUUCAUCCAGUGAAACAAACCCUACAGACACCACUACCACCACCACUACCAGUCUAAACUGCGCAGAUACCACCUCCACCACCAGUUCAGCUGCGGCGGCUGCAAUUAGCUCCCCAGUCCCGACUGACUCAGACACACCUAACACUGACGAUGUCAGCACUACCCUCACACAGACUGUCUCUGGCCCCGUCACGACUGAAAACUCAAGUGCUACUUCUCCCCAGUUGACCAAGCCAGCACCUGUUAAUGAUAGAGCAGGCCAGGAUAAUAAUUUACAGACAUCUCCUGAAGAAAGAUCCAGCGAAGAGCCUGCAGUGAAGGGUGCAGCAAAUGAGGUGGCUCAAAAAAGCGAGGAAGCUGACACAGAUGAGAGCAAGAAAGUCGUCGAGGGUGAGAAGGAAAGCGAGAAUGAAAAUGAGAAGCCUGUGCUGGACAACAGUGAAGUGAUGAAGAAAGAAGCGCAGGAAAAAAGUGUGAAAACUGAAGAAGACGCAGUGAAAACAGAAGUGGCUGAACCCGUAUUAGGAAGAGAUGGUAGUGAUGAGGGAGUGAGAGAUGGUCAGAAACAAGAAGAAUCCAAGUCAGUGGUUGAGAAGUAAUUCACAAAUACAGAAUUUACUAAACACGGGACCAACUACUGUGACGGGGGCAGGAGAGGCCACAGUAAAGAGUAAAGGGUGGGGGGAGACGAUCCAUGGCACUUCCUACAGGGACCACCACAUUACAGCAGCACACCACAAAGGGUAGGCCACUGGACCAAAGAACUGAGAUCCCCUUGGUGUGAUGUAAUUAACAAAUCCAGCAGUGUCUUUGUCCUUUUUUAACUUAUGUUAAAAUUUUUGCAUUGCACGUAUGAUUAUGUACCAUAAGACAACUACUGUGGUAAAAUACACCAUGUUUACAAUAGAUGGAUAAGAGACAUAGUUAUGACUAUUAAAUGGAUUAUUAGAUUGA